AUGAGGUUACGACAGCCACGGCCGCACACUUUGCUACUCCUCCUCCCCGCCUUACGAGUUCUCGCCACAUCCGUCGCAGUAGACACAUCGGACGACAGGUUGCCCGCGCGGGCCGUUGUGCCUGCCUACACUCAAGCCACAUACUCGCCCGAUGCCUCACUUGCCCCGACAGCUGGCGUAAAAGGCACCAAAGAUGCGCCAUUUGAUGGGCUAGAUGGCAAGCCGCAUGCUGGACCGUAUGUGGACGAUGACCCAAAAUACCAAGGAAAGAAAGCUCCCAAUGUUGUAGAAGAUCUUGGGGCCGCGAAGAAGCCUGGAGCUUCUCCAGAAACCGUUCUAGUAGACGACGUGAAAGAUGGCGAUAAGAGCGUCAUGCAGGAUCCAGCGCGGAAACCUGCCACGGGCACCACAGGCACCGAGGGUGGAGUGUCGGCCAAAGACAAGGAGCGAUUGGCACACGAGGAGAAGACAGGCGAGAAGAAGGAAAUGGUUCCCGAGUCGCCAAAGGAGGCACACCCGCAUCCCGCUGAUCAGAAGCAAUUAGGCGGAGAGGCUGUAGCGACAGCGAGCACCACUCGCAUACUCGGUGCUGGCGGACUGGAGAAACCUACCGACCUUCCCGACUCCCUACAUGACAAUCCCCUUCCCGUACCAGGCUCCAUCUCUACCAAAGAUCCCCUCGACACAAGCUCACCGCCCAAGACACCCUCCUCGACACUUGACGAUGUUGACGAAGGCGCCAUACAACCCUUCCAUUCUUUUAUACUCGCCUUCACUAUGAUCAUCUUCUCAGAGAUCGGAGACAAGACAUUCCUCGUUGCAGCCCUCAUGGCUAUGCGACACCCCCGACUCCUCGUUUUCUCUGCUGCCUUCUCCGCUCUGGUCGUCAUGACAGUCCUCUCUGCUGUGAUGGGCCAUGCCGUCCCCGCACUCCUCUCGGAACGCUUCACACACUUCGCUGCGGCCGCUCUUUUCCUCGUGUUCGGUGUCAAGCUCAUCAGAGAGGGUCUUGCCAUGAGCCCAGAGGACGGUGUUGGCGAGGAGAUGGCUGAGGUUGAGCAGGAACUUGAAGAGAAGGAACAGCUUGCUCGACACCAGAAGGGGCGGAAAUCCUCCAUCUCUCCUUAUGCUCUAGAAUCUGGUCGUGGUGUGCGACGCUCACGGUCUAACUCGCGACUACCUGCCCCCGCACGUAGCCCUUCUACCUCGCCCGAUCGAUCACCGUCACCGCGCGGAGGCUCUCUGGGCGGCACUUUGGGCGCUGUGAACAACCUGUUUUCUCUCCUCCUUAGCCCCGCCUGGGUACAGACGUUUGUUAUGACUUUCCUCGGAGAGUGGGGUGACCGCAGUCAGAUUGCGACUGUUGCCAUGGCUGCUGGUUCUGACUACUGGUGGGUCACUGCCGGCGCUGUAGUUGGCCAUGGGUUGUGUACUGCGGGUGCCGUCAUUGGUGGCCGCGCUAUUGCUGGAAAGAUCAGUAUGCGCAAUGUCACGCUUGGUGGUGCUAUUGCUUUCCUCGUCUUCGGCAUCAUCUACACAUUUGAAGCAUUCUACUCUUAA